AUGUCGCUGCCAAUUCCGCUGAGGCUUUUCUGCCAGUAUUUGGUAAGGUUACUUGAACUGAUUCAGCCGUCGCCUCCGAAACCGCUCUGUGGCGAACUAGCGUUUAUUUACAUUCCUUCACCAAGUAACACACUUUACCUUUCUUUCUUUCUUUCUUUCUUUCUUUCUUUCUUUCUUUCUUUCUUUAUUUAUUUAUUUAUUUAUUUAUUUAUUUAUUUCCGUUUUUUAGUUUAUUUCAGUUUUUAUUUUAUUUUUUCUUUAUCCUUCUUUUUCUCUGUUCUUUCUUUCUUUCUUUCUUUCUCCCUGUUCUUUCUUUCUUUCUUUCUUUCAUUCUUUCUUUCUUUUUCCCUGUUCUUUCUUUUUCCCUGUUCUUUCUUUCUUUCUUUCUUUCUUUCUUUCUUUCUUUCUUUCAGUUUUCUUUAUACUUUCCUGUUCUGUUUUUCUUCCUGUUUUGUCUUUCUAUAUUUCUUUCUUUCUUUCUUGCUUGCUUGCUUUCUUCCUAUUCCUUUCUUUCAUUCUUUCGCCCUUUUCAUUUCUUUCUUUCAGUUUUUCUUUCAGUUUUUCUUUCAUUUUUAUUUAACUUUCUUCCAGUUUGUUUGUUCGUUCUUUCUUUCUUUUUUCUUUCUUUCUUUCCAUAUUUAUUUAUUUAUUUCUGUUUCCUUUCAUUUUUCUUUAUCUUUCUCCCAGUUCACUCAUUUGUUCGUUCGUUCUUUCUUUCUUUCUAUCUUUCUUUCUAUUUUCUUUCUUUCUUUACAUUAUUUCUUAAUUUGUUUCUUUCUCUUUUUCUUUCUUUUUUUCUUUAUCUUUCUUUCUCUCUUUCUUUCUUUAUUUCAUCUUGGAAUGAGAGUCAUUCGCUACAAUGUGCGUGGCGAUAUCUUUUCGUGUAAUAAUUUUCAUAUCCCCCCUCUCUCUCUCUCUCUCUCUCUCUCUCUCUCUCUCUCUCUCUCUCUCUCUCUCUCUCUUUAUAUCUAUCUAGCUAGCUAUCGAUCUAUCCCUUUGUGCGAAAUCCUUUCAGGGCGUCGAUCUAUCUAUUAUAAACUAACAAUUUUCUUUCUUUCUUUUUUAUCUAUUUAUUUAUUCAUUUCAUCCUUUCAUUCUUUUUUCUUUCGUUCUUUUUUCUUUCUUUCUUUCUUUCUGUUCUCGCUCUAG